AGAGAGAGAGAAGAGGGAGAGAGAAGAGGGAGGGAGGGAGAUGCUGAGAGUCUCAGACUGGUCAGUCUACCUAUCCACUAGGAGGAGAGGAGGCUGUCGAGGAGCAACAGAACAACAAACAGCUGCUACACCACAUCAGAGGAGUUCUCCCUCCACCUGCCGGAGGAGUAGCGAGGACACAGAGCAGCCCAGAGCCCGCCGCCGCCUCGGACCGAAACAACAGCCAUGUAUCUCAACAGGGAAGAGGACAGUAGCAAAGGCUCAGUGUCCCUCAGUGUGUUCCUGGUCUCCCUCGCAGUGACAGUGUGUGCUGUUUGGCUGGUGGCUCUUUGUGGCGUCUGUGGUUGGUGUCAACGCAAGCUGGGGAAGAGGAAUAAGCCAGGAGUGGAAACAGCAGACACUCCAGACUCAGCACGUGGGCGAGGGGAGAAGAAAGCCAUCAAUGAUCUAGACAGAGACUUUUGGAAUAACAAUGACAGCAGCACAGUGCAGCAGAGGUGGAGCUCCUAUCCUCCCAAGGAGUUCGUACUAAACAUUUCUCCCUAUGCUCCAUAUGGAGAUCCUCGCCUCACACUCAAGUGAGUCUUGGUCCCAGGCUGGUAAGAAACUUCCCCCUGAGCAGGGCUGUAAUGAGGCAGGGGCAGUGCCACUCUCCCCUUUCCCUUUCCCUCUCUAUCCUUUUUCCUUUCCUCUCCGUUGGCCUCCCUGACUUUCUUUCCACUCCCUUCCUCACACCAUCAUUUCCAGUCACAACUGCUUGCCACUCAUCAAAUUAAACCAUUGGAUAUGGGAUGCUAUAAUGUCAUCUUAUUGAGUUUAAUAAACUUUAGGACAAAACAUACUCUGGGGUAGCCGGCGAUAAUUAGCCAAAGGGUUUUUGAACAAGCCAGUUGUCAUAGAGUAUACACAGACUGCACAUUUAUAAACAUAUUCAUAUUGUAUGAUAAUAAUUUCCAUCAACAAUAGUAAUAACGAUAACAACCCCCCCCAAUGUUAGCGCACUGGAGGGCACAAAUGGUUACUAAUGAUUAGUCAUAAUCUGCUGGGGAAAUGUGAGUGUGGAAAAUGUCAUAUACGCACAUUAUAGCAUCCCGCGACAGCCAUUUGACUAUUACUGUGGCAGCGAAGAAGCGCAGCCCUGUGAACUCCCCCAGGCUAAUUUCUGCUGCUCACAUCCUGUCACCUUUUAUUGAACACAGAGGCACAUGUUCACAUGCCCCCCUACUCAACUACAGCCCUGCCGGUCCCACUAACUCCUGACCUCUAACCUUUCCCCCCUCUCCCAUGGGGUGUAACCAUGGAGACGGACAACCCUCAUAUAGACUUCCUCUCCAAAAAGACAUGUGUAUACUUUAACCCACCUUCUCUGUAAUCUCUGCGUCUCCCUGUCCUUUGCCUGUAUGAACUGAAAUCUGCCUUUUGUAGUUGCCGUUGUCACUGUGGAGGGUUGACCGUUAGACCAGGUUGCAGUGUGUUCACCUGUGGUUUACAUCCAUCUGUGGCUUCUCUCUGAUCCCCAUCAACCUAAUAGAUAAUGUGUACUGCACUAACACUGUAGCACUUCAACGUCAUCCCCCGUCUAUCAUAUUGAGAGAUGCGGAGAUUGUGCUUGAUGCAAUGAAAGUAAAUUAUUUUUUUACUCACAAGGCACUUGAAUCCAAUAAAAAACGAGCAAGGUCAUACAGUUCCUAUCUCCCUCUGGGCGCUGAGAGGGCUCUGAGCUCAGACAACCUGCUACUAGGCAUCUGUCUGAUAAACUGUGUAAUAACUGGUCAUCUUUAAUAGACCUAGUCGCGGUGGACUGUGUGUUAUAUUGCCUGUAGAAAGGAGGUAGCAGUGUGUUUAUGAACGUGGUGGAUAUAUGGAUUACUGUCUGAAAACUCUGCCUGUAGAUGGUUGCUGCUGAUCUCGGGAAGCCAUCUUUAGACCUUUAGCGCUUGUGUCUUUAGAAGGUAAUUUUAUUUAAAACCCUGAAGGUUGUAAUUUAUUGUUCACAGUUUUUCUUUGGCCAAGCAGUGGGAAAAAAAGAAGCAAAUUUCACUGCAGUGAUGGUAGAAUUAGUCUUUUGUCAGAGUGUGAGUCAAGAGUCAAAAUGGUUGGCAUUUAAUUAAAAUAAGAAAACAUUUAAAAUAUAUUUUUAACCAGGUGAACCCGUACUUUAACAAAUAAUACGCUGUUAAAGUCAACAGACAGCGAGGAAAUCAUUUCCUCUUCAAGAUUCUCUGGAGAUCAGCAGCUUUCAGUCACAGUGGGCCUCAUUCAUCAAACAGGUUACCUUUGCACCAUCAGUCUCCAUGUUAAGAUAUUUAUUGGAUAUGAGUCUUAAUAUGACCAUUUUUCAAUUACAUCUCGAUUCAGUACUGAACUUGUUAUUUCUUCAGUGUCAGCAGCAGUCAUAUCACAAUUUGGAAAAAUGGCAUAGUGACAUUGACAUUUUUCAAAUUUACGUAUUGAAUUCGGUGAAUUAUAUUUAUUAUAUUCUUGGUGGAUCAAUCUGAUAUAGGUCUGAGAUGAAAAACUGUCAAAGAUCAUAUUGCUGUAUUUCUCUCGUGAAUCAAUUCUACUCUCAGUUAAGUUCAGUCAGAAGCAGCACUGAUACGUGAACAUGUAUCAAUAAAGAUUAAAGGCUUUCACCUCGUGCUCGGCUCGAUAAAUGAGGCCCAUGUCUCUUGUGUUUGCUCUAGCAGUGUCAUCCAUGCUGUUGCUGUGAUUGAUGACUUUUCCACGUGCACUGUCAGGUCAUUUGGUCAGAAUUAAAUGUGAAAGGUGACCCUCGAGGGGACAUGAUGUAAGCAUAGCAACCCCCCCCCCCC